AUGGCAAUACCACCAAAAGCACACGAUCGCUAUAGAGAUCCAAAAACACAUCAGAUUACACCAGCGCUAUAUCGAGUACGUCAGCCAUUUUUUUGGAGAAACGUGAUAGGGCUAUUUGUUGUUGGUUCAAUUCCUCUUGGUGCUUAUUGGUACACUUUUUAUAAGAUGACCGAGGAUGAUUUUGGCGAUAUUCCUAUUCCACCUAUAAGUGACGAGGACUUGCAAAAAUUACAAAAGGAGUACAAUGAGAAGAAAUGA